AACACAUGCAGCAAACACGUGUAAUUUUGGUCAGCAUCGGAUCCAGUGUGUGUGUGAGAGAGACCGUGGAGUGUGCGGCGGUUGAGGGAAGGCAGAAGAAGAGCCAAAAAAACUCCCUCUGCGGUUCAAUUGCAAAAGUUCACAUUUCCGAUGAUUUAAUCGUCUCUCUCUCGCUAUAAAUAUUCUCUUUCCGUUUGGAUUCUAGGAAAAUCAGACCAGAAAAUCCAGUAGGAAAAUAUUAUUCUCCCUCCCACACCGACACCUACACGACAUGAAAUCCUCUGAUUUCAUGGAUAAGCAGAUCAUGGAACUUUCUCGAUCCUACUCCAACGAUUUCUCCGAACUCUCAUACCCUCAUGAAGAUGAUUUGGAUUCCACCUUCCGUUUCUACCCAAUAAGACCUGAGAUUGAUCCUGUGAAAGCUAGUGGCAAGAGCAUUGGAACAUUUGGUGAUUCAGCGUUAAUUUCUAUGAUUGAAUGCAAAAUUAAGGACCACACUGAGACCAUGCUACAUGCUGUGGAGGGUUUAAGCAUGCGCUUGUGCCAAGUUGAGAGUAAAACACGACAGAUAGAGCAUUCUGUCGAAGACUUGAAGGAUUCCACCAAGUAUCAAUACGGGAGGACUGAAGGAAAAGUGAGGGAGCUAGAGAAUAUUCUGAGAGAGGUUCAAUGUGGUGUUCUGGAUUUGAGAGAUAAACAAGAAAUAUCAGAGGUUAAGUUACAAAUUGCGAAUUUGCAGAUGUUAAAAGGUCAUGAGCAAUCAGAAAACAAGAACAGCAAUGUUAAGACUAGUUUAUCUCAAGUUGUUACAUCAUCUGUGCCACAGCAAAGCCACCAAUUAAAUCCUACUCCCGUUCCUUCUGUACAGCAGUUUCCUUCUCCUCAUACUAAUGUUCUCCCAAUCCCGUCUCACCAGAAUCUGCUUCCAACACCAACAGUAGCACAGUAUCCUUCUCAAUUACCUCAGGACCAUUCACAGUUGGAAUCUAACUGUUCACAACCUGUGCGUAAUCCAGAGUCCACACAUCGUCGACAAUACCCUAUGCCUCCAAUUCAGCAAUCACAGCCACCACCACCAACGCCUCAUCAAUCUCAUCAACCAUAUCAACCAGUGCAGCAGAUUUCAGCGGCACCACAAUUGCAGCAGUUGCCUGAACCGCUUCCACCAGCCAACAUUGUUGAUCCACAAGCCCAACAUUCAAUGCCUCACAGCUUGGGAGAAAUGCCUUACAUGCCAAUGCCAUCUCAAAGCUACUCAUCAAGCAUCCAGGGAACCUCCAAUGUACCUGGCUUGGCUCCUCCUAGCAGACAAAAUAAUUUGGGAUCGAUCCACAGGAUUCACGAUCAAUCUUCCAUGGGUCCAUCUUCAGACUACCAUCGAAAGCAACCAAGUGGAUAUUCGAAUUUGCAUGAUGGUUAUUCUUACUCUGAAUUACCUUCCCAGUCCCACUAUGGCAGUUCAAGAAUGAAGCCUUCACAACUUCUACCAUAUUCUUCCGUCCCAUCUGGUGGAAGCAACUUCUCUCAACUGCCAACUGCCCAGAUAUUACCGCGUGCACUGCCGAUGGCUUCUGAUGUGGAGAGUGCAACUAGCUCCAGUGGAACUGGAAGCAGGAUACCGGUUGAGGAUAUUAUUGACAAUGUUGUAGCAAUGGGAUUCAGGAGGGACACGGUGAGAGCAACAGUUAGGAAAAUGACUGAGAAAGGACAGUCAGUGGAUCUUAAUGUAGUGCUGGAUAAGCUGAUGAACAAUGGAGAAUUUCGGUCCUAAGAGUACUAAGUUUGAUGCUUGCCUUCAAUGCUUUUGUAUAUGGUAUUCUUCUAUAUCUAUAUCCAUAUCCCUUUUACCCCAUUUUUAGCGGUUGCUUUGUAAAUUGGAAACUGUAAUUGUAUUUUCAUAUAUGUAUAGGUUGCAUAUGAAUGUAAAUUCUGAUCAAUAUUGUUUUUACUAGGA